ACUGGGAGAUAUUUCGAGCUAAUUGAUGGCAGAGCGCGAGUCGAACCGCGAGCCAGGAGCGGAGCCACGCGCGCACACGCGGACAGGGAGUUGCUGGAGACGCGUUGGAUCUGACGCGUUGGAGACGUAAACACAAGAAACGUUGGAUCUGCAGGGGCGUGGCCACCGCUGUGACGUGUGGACUGUCACCUCCACGUUUGUGCAUGACCGUGUAACUGUUGAUACACGUCACAAGAGCUGUCCUCCUGUGAUUGCUGAGUGUCUUCUGCACAAUAAAAAUACGUCUUGGUGAAAUGUGGCAGCUGUGGGCAUUGUGUCACUUUAAACGCAGUGAACCUCGUGGCUGAAUACCAGAACACAGGAUAUGCUUUCGCAGUGCUCUCAGUUUUACAGCAGCAGCAGCAGCAACCGCCGUGAGGACGACGCGCUCUGCAGUCAAGAUGAGUGCUGGGGACGUGGUCUGGACCGGCUGGCUCAUUAAAUCCCCUCCGGAGAAGAAAUUAAAGAGAUUUGCAUGGAGGAAACGCUGGUUUGUGCUUCGAAGAGGCCGAAUGUGUGGCAAUCCUGAUGUCCUGGAGUACUACCAAAGUAAUAACUCCAAAAAGCCGAUCCGCACCAUCGACCUGAGAGAGUGUGAGGUCGAAAUGCUAAACGGGCAGCUCAGGGUAAAGCGGGACUUCCAUGGGAAGCACCUCUUUGUGGUCAAGACCUCAUUUCGUGUUUUUUACCUGGUGGCCAAAACGGAGGAGGAGAUGAACAGCUGGAUCAGCAGCAUCAGUCAAAUUUGCCAGUUUGGGAGCCUGGAGGACGCAGAGAGCUCAGAAGAAGGCUUUCCUCACACCCCCACAUCAAUUCAUCCGUCCCCCGACAGUUCUGACCGAUUGUCUGUAUCGAGCCAACCAGAAUCCAGUCACCCGCUGGACUACCUCUUCCUCUCACAGUGCGAGACGGGGCGAAACUCUGAGAUCUCUCUGGAGCAGAAGUCAUCAGACGAAGCCGCCAAGGACAUUGUCCCCUCACCUCUUUACACCGAUUCCUCUUCAUCUAUUUUUUACGCCAGCCACAGUCCGUCUCUUCUCCUGCACGGAAGGUCGACUAACCCUCCUUUCAGCGCUCCAUGCACCUCCUUGGCUCUACCGUCAUCUUCUUCCUCUCCACUGCGUCACUGUGCCACAAGUGUCUUCCAGUUUGACAAACCUUAUUCUGCUGCGUCGUGCGAGGCAACGGGGGACAGACAAACGCCUCCUCCGCUGCCACCCAAGUCGAAUCACCUGUCAGAGCAGCUCACCGAUGAAGGAGCUCACAGGCCGAGGGCCACGAGUGCACAGCAUUUCUCCAACCACGCAGAGUUAUUUCUCAGGAGGACCUCUUUGUCAAGCCUGGACCAUUUCAGAAUGGCAAAUGCUGAUGGCAGAGCGAUGAGGAACAGGAGGCAGAGUCUUAAUCUGCAGCCUUGUUUAAAUAACACGCGAGUUCAGAGCUACCAGGAUGAGUCAUAUGUCCCCAUGACUUCCCCGCCUCCCUCUGUUACCACCAUUGAAUGUGACGGCUACAUCCCCAUGAGCCCCAGGACGCCCGGUUUCCUCAACACAAACUGCGAUGCUGAGUCCUCCACGACUCUUGGUUCACUAACGUGUCAACCUGAAGAUCUUGCGCCGCCUCCGGUUCACCGGCAUCUCAAGCCUCGCCUGAGGAGAUCUCGACCUCCACCUCUUGACUUGAGAGGCCUCUCUACAAUCACAGAGUGUCCCACUCAUCUUCCUUUGAGCAGAGCAAUGACUGAAUCCUGUUUUUCAGUAAACUGUUUACCCCUUGAAAGAAGACUUGAGAACGGGGACAUUCCAGGAGAUGAAGACACAAACUGCAAUGCAAUGGAGUCCAGGCAACAUUUCUGUCUCACCUUUGAUGGAGCGGCUCAGCCUUGGGCGAGAAGAUCAAACCUUGACUAUUUGUCACUGGAUUUCAAUUCUGCAUCCCCCUCUCCUGUACAGAAGCAGAAGCCCUUUCUGUCUGAUGAGCACAGAGUGGAUUAUGUGCAGGUGGAUGAGAAGAAGACUCAGGCACUGCAAAACACCAAAAUGGAGUGGACUGAUGUCCGGCAGUCAAAAACAUAAAUGGAAUAUACGUGCUGAAAAAAAAAAUCAGGAAGACUUGGUCUAAAGAAGUCCAACAAAAACACCAGCAAGGAGGACCAGAAAACAAAUUUAAAAGCACUUUGAAAAACAUUUUGGAAAUAAAAGUACAGGAGUUGGUAAGCAGUUUAAUGCUUGUAUAUGGGGUGGAAACACAAAAUUGCACUGAAAAAACGUUUUCUCUCAGUAGAUCAGUAUUGUAAAUAAUACCAGAUUGUGCACUGAAACUAUUUUUACUGUAGCGUUACGUUUUACCAAAUUUUGAAAAGGGCAUUAUUUUUAUUAAUUGUAAAUAAACCCAUGUGAGACUCGUCUAAAUGUAUGUAUGUAUAGUGAAUGGGAUUUUAAAUAAGACAAAUAUUUUAAUGAUGACAUGUUUUACAGCUUUCUCCUUCUUCUGCUUCGUUUAUUACCCAUAUUGAAGAUGUUUUCCACUUGUUUUGGUACUGUGAUUACGCCAAGAGAUUCUGGAAAAAAGUCAUAGACAUUGUUUCCUGGAUAUACCAACAAACCUUCUUGAGGCUUGAAAAUGUUAACUUUGGUUAUACUGGUUUUAUGUCUUUUUUUGUGAUGAGUCAUAUCCUAAUUCUAGCUGAAUAAUCACAUCCAUCAGUCAAAAUUCAAGGGAGGCAAAACAUCAUUUUCUGUAGUCAUGAACAAAGUCAAUGUUCUUUUGUAAAAAAAGUAUUUAUUGUGUUUUGGUUAUUUAUUUAAUUAUAUAAUGUCUUUCCUCUCAUGUGAAUGUCUUACCCCACUGGCCUUUUCUAAAGUCUAUGCGCUGUUAAGUAUAAAUAAAGUUUAUAUAUUUUUAAAAUAAUAAUAAACACUUUCU